AUGCAAGCGCUUCCUAGUGAAGCUGAUGGAGAUGCGAACAUCUGGAUUCAAGUAAAGGGGGUUAGUGGCCAUGAGCUACUGCGCAUUCAACUCGAGGCCAAGACGCGAGUAGUUGAUCUGAAGCAACAGCUGUCUCUGCUUCUUGGUGUGUCGGCUGACGAUCAGCAUCUGGCUUGGUCCCGGCAGCUGCUGAAGGAUGACGAGCGUCUUGGUGAACUUGCGGCACUGAUGCAGGCGGAGAUUGAGCUCUACGGGAUGCUAGCCUCGGAUCUGAACACGCAGAGCAAGACGGACUCAACGAGGCUGGAGCUUCUCCUUUUCGUGGCACCGGGCUUCUUUGACGUCCGGGUGCCCGAGGAGCGCAGCAGCCCGGGCUUCCUGCUUCCCAAGCUCUCAUUCUCCUUCCCGCAGCUUCCUCUUGCGCAGCGAAUCUUCGUCGAGGACGUAGAGACAGGUGCCUGGGCGGAGCAGGCUGGCGUUCGCCCCGGUGACGAGAUCCUGGCUUUGGGUGGUCGCCGGGUGUCCAGCCUGGUCCGAGGUGAGUUCAGUGCGCUGCUGGAGCAGACCCUGUGCUCAAGCGGCGUGAUCCAGUUCUACAGGGGCGGGCUCGAGUCGUACUUUCCUGGGAGCUUCUCUUCGAAUGAUACUACCGGUGGCAGUGUGGAAAUGAACUCCGUGCUCUGCCUGAUCGCCAGCAUGGAAGACCAUGAGCUCAUGGCAACGCGCUUGCCGACUGGUACGCGGAUCCAUGAACUGAAGCAACACCUCGCGCGGCUGCUUCGCAUGCCAGACUCCUCCUUUCAGCUCCUCUUCCAGAACCAACCGCUGGAGGAUGACGCGGGACUCGACGGUUACGGCCAAGGGACGCGGCUCGCUCUCUUGCGUGUUGCUCUCUUCACGCAGGAGGAGUUUGGAGAGGCACUCAAGUCGGACCUGCAAGCGGAGCUUGGCCUGGCCUUCUGUGACCCCGCCUUCCUUCCGAUAGGCCGCAUUGCGAUUGCAGCCGUCGAUCCUGAGAAAUGGGCGGCAAUGCUGGAGUUCUUAGGCGAGGAUGAUCUAGAAACGCCGAGCGAUGGCCAGGUCGUGGCAGUCCUUCCGCGGAAUGACUUCAAUGCACUAGUCAGCCGCGGCCCAAUGAACUUCCUCUUCCACUCGGCCGACGUUCCACGAGCUCUUCCGGAACCAAACCCGGCAAGCGUGGAGGAUACCGUCCCAGACUCUGACGGCGCAGAAACUGAGACUCCCAAAGUGCCUGCUUUCUCUUUCACCCAAAAGCCACGGCCAAAGCCGAAGGCAACUGGUUAG